AUAGACCCAGGCAGAUAUGUUGAAUGUAUUCUUUCUUGGUGGAAAAAACAACACAGACAUGGUCUAAAUCAUGUGUCAACUGCCAAGUUUGAUUGAUUUUCACUUACUGAAUGGUUAAGAAUUAGAUACACAGAUCUGUAGUGAUAGUCAAGAAUCAAGAUGGAGAAACAGCCCACAAGUGGCAUUUCCCAAGAAACAAUCAUCAGAGAACAGUCUCCGGACCAGAUUUCAAGGCUCGCUGGUUUUAUAGAGAGGAUUGGAGUCUCUCACACAAUCCCACAAGAUUAUGAUGUUAAGAAUUAUUUCUUGAACAUGAUACGAGGUGUGCUUGUAGAGGUUAUUAAUGUCCAAAGCGGCCGUGUGUCUUUUCUCCUCAGUGUCAAACCUGUUGUCACCAAUAAGUUUGGAGGAUUGCAUGGUGGGGCAUUGGCAUCGGUAGCAGAGAUGGUUGCAGUAGAUUGUGCGAGAACAGUUGUGGGAAAAGAAAAGGAGCUUUUUCUUGGAGAAUUGAGCAAUUCUUACCUCUCUUCUGCACCACGCGAUUCAGAGGUGUUGGUGGAUGCCUCUAUUGUAAGGAGUGGAAGGAACUUGACUGUAGUUGCGGUUGAGUUCAGAAUGAAGGAGUCUGACAAGCUGGUCUACACAUCUCGUGCUACCUUCUAUAAUAUGCCAGUUGCAAGUUUAUGAAUAUUAUGAAAAUUCAUAUGUUAACAAUGUUUAUCAUUCUUACAGAAAGAUGCUAGAUUGCUAGUUUAAGGAGAUGAAGACAAAAAUGCAACACUUGUAAGGGACAUAAUUGGCUAAUAUGUUAAUCCAGGUUACAAUCCACUGUCUAUAAAAUCUCUGCCUAAAAAGUAGGGGCACGUACUUUGUAAUAGUUUUUCAUUCCUUUUCCUUUUUUGCUGUAAGAGUUUGCCUUGAUCACUUUCAAAGGAUGGAUAAAUCUGUUUUAAUUCAUUCCUGAAGAAGGUGGCCUUUACUUGUUUUUAU